AUGCCAGACUCCCCGCGCAGACGGUCGCGAUCGCGAUCGCCACCAAGGCGUCCGAAAGCCGCCGGCGGCUUCAAAUGGAAGGACAAACGCUCCAACGAUGCAGACGACCGACGCGACGACCGGGGCCUACAGCGCGGCUACCGCGAUCGCUCGCCCAGGAGAGACCGAGAGCGCGAUCGCGAGUCCGGAAGAGACAGAGAUAGAGACAGGGGUGGGAAUCGAGACCGAGACCGGUCGCCCAGGCGAGACAGGAGCCGAGACCGCGAUCGAGAGAGGGACAGGGAUAGGGACGGAGACCGGGCCCAUCGUCGUAGCGACAGAGACAGAGAGAGAGAUCGCUCCCCACGAAACAGCAACCGCCUAACCGACCGCGACCGUGACCGCGAUCGAGACGCGCAAACCAGACCCAAAAAGUCCAAACCACCAGCACCACCACCGGCAGCCGCGCCCGCGCCCGCAGCCGCGCCGGGCGAGCAGAUGAUCCUGGUGACGGUCAACGACCGCCUCGGCACCAAGGCCCAAAUCCCGGCCUUCCCCAGCGACACGGUCGGCCAGUUCAAGAUCAUGGUGGCGAUGAAGGUGGGGCGGGAGCCGCAUGAGAUUAUGCUGAAGCGGCAGGGGGAGCGGCCGUUUAAGGAUAUGAUCACGCUGGGGGACUAUGGCGUGUCGAAUGGAGUGCAGCUAGAUUUGGAGGUUGAUACGGGGGAUUGA